AUGCCUAAGCUGAAUAUGCCUCAUAGCAGGCCAGCUUCCACGAACAGGUUGAAAGAAUUGACAGACUUAGUGGAUGAGUCCACUGAUCACAGACCAAUCCGGACCAACUCGGAGCAGGGAACAGCGUCCUCAGUCGAAAGUUCGAGCUCAAGCUCAAUGACUCCAGGACCACAGAGUGACUCUAUCAAGCGCAGGCCCAGCGCCGAAGUAGAUGACACUAGAAGACCUUUUGUAGCCCAUGAAUGGUGGACGAACGAUAAAAAAGAUACGACUAAAUUUUUCUCUUCGUUUUUGCCUCUUCUGGUUCAUGCUCAUGAUGGCAAAGAUCUUGUUCCAGCUGUUACCAUCUCAAAACAUCUAGGGACACGUGUCAGUAAAGCGAUUGCCGCGGAACGUCGAUAUAAGAGUCUUUGGACGAGAAUUGACGGCAAAGAUAUAAGAACCCAGGAUAAAAAGUCGAAGAUACUCAGGGACAUUGAGAAUUUGGAUGAAGAUUUAGCGAAUCACGACGCAGCUAUGCAUAACUCAUCAAACCCACCGAAUCUCGGACAACGCAACAGACGACAAGAUCUUGUGACUCGAGCGUUCCUUGCGCGCGAGGAGUUCGAUCACAUUAUCGAUGAUGAAAACUGGCUUUGGUUGGAAUGUAACUUUGCUGAGCAAGCGUGCAGAGAUGCUUGGGAGGAUGUUGGUGCACUAUUACUUCCCGCUUGGCUACGAGCAGGACUGACACAGCCUGACCUCAUCGACGACACAAGACUUCCUAGAGGUGAGAAACGUGGUAUCACUCGCCGAUUUAUGAGUGAGACGCCCGCUACAAAUCUUGGUCGCAUUCGAGAUAGCGUGCACCAAUAUGCGAAUGCCUUACGCAAGGCGCGCGAUCGAUUUGAAAAUAUGUGUCACCAUUACUCGAGCUGGGCGCCCUGGGAAGAUGGCAUCCCUGGAGAGUUCAGAGACAGCGUUGUAAAACCAGCUUUCAUGGACAUGUUGCAAUGCGAAAAGGCGAGGCUUCAAGACGCCAAGCGUGAUUACCGAAAAGCUUUAAGCCGCGCUUUCCGUGAGAAGAUUCCUUAUGUGGACCUGGAUCUUGAGUGUAUUGAUGAAUUGGAAAGCGUUGAGACCAGACUUCUUGAGGAUGAAGAUGCAUGGUUCAUGAGGAAAGGACCUAUCAACGCGCUGGAGAUUUGGAGACGCCAGAAUCCAAAUCUUGCGCCUUCUGAAAAACCUUUGUAUCCAUUCAGUGAGAAAAUAAAAAAGGAGGAUAUACAUCCGUGGGAAAGCAAGAGCAGAUUGUUCACUGAUCUGGCUUCGAAACAAAGGUCCGCGUCACUGGAAAGGAAACGACGUGAGCCGCCAGCCAAGAAGCUUCAUGCCAGCAGAGGUAAAGACAUGUACAGCCGAAGGAGAAGAGCGUACCUCAAUGACAGCCCCAAGGCUUUUGGUCCACCGAUCCAUGCUCGGAACGGUAAAACUAGAGUAACCUCGGCGCCUACGAAGCACCGACAACCUCGAGAACCAAGAAGAUUGAUGGCUAAGCAGCCCUGCAGACAGACCAAGAAAAUAAGACACAUGCGAUUGCCAAUAACCAGUUUCUUCAAGAAGCGUACGAGAACAAUAUAG